CAGCAGGAGGCGGCUACAGCGCCAUGACGUCAUCGGUGCGCGCCGAGGGAAAGAUGGCGGCGCUCUUCUCUCACUCCCGGUCGCUGUUUAUAACGGACGUUGGUCCGAUGCGGUUCUAUGUGCGGCCUGGCCCCCUGAAACGGCAGCUGUCGCCGCUUAUCUGUCACGGCGGCGGGAUUGUGUGUCGUGUGCAGGAGCCCGGGGCCUUCCUCCUCUCAGAGCCCGGACAAGCUGAGGGGAUCCAGUACAUGGCCAGCACCUACGUCACCGACUGUGUGCGCAAGAACCGGAGGCUGUCCCCCCGGAGCUACCGCCUGGCGAGGCGAGUGGGGGCCCCUGACAAGCAGCACCUGUGGGAGAGGAAGGGCCCUCCGGGGGCCACCCCUGCAUCAUGUGAGGGGAGCCCUGCUGUAGGUGGCCCCAGGGAAGGAGAGCCCCACACAGCCCUGGAGAGUGACCCUGCAGUAAAUGGGGCCGGUCUUGGUGUCAUCACCCCAGGGGCCCCUGCAUCACAAGACCACGGCCCCCCUACCACAGGGGCCCCUGCAUCACAAGACCACGGCCCCUCUACCACAGGGGCCCCUGCAGCACGUGACCUCGGCCCCUCUACCACAGGGGCCCCUGCAGCACGUGACCUCGGCCCCUCUACCACAGGGGCCCCUGCAGCACGUGACCUCGGCCCCUCUACCACAGGGGCCCCUGCAGCACGUGACCUCGGCCCCUCUACCACAGGGGCCCCUGCAGCACGUGACCUCGGCCCCUCUACCACAGGGGCCCCUGCAGCACGUGACCUCGGCCCCUCUACCACAGGGGCCCCUGCAGCACGUGACCUCGGCCCCUCUACCACAGGGGCCCCUGCAGCACGUGACCUCGGCCCCUCUACCACAGGGGCCCCUGCAGCACGUGACCUCGGCCCCUCUACCACAGGGGCCCCUGCACGUCAGGAUGAGCAGGUAGCAGAUGGCGGAGGAGAUAAAGCACAGAGAGCGGGAGACAAUGGAAGACACAACGAAGUAAGAGUGGCCCUGCCCAAGCGCAGAGUCGCUGCAGAAUCGGGAUGGAGGGGCCCGAUGAGGAGGCGCAUGUUUUGCUGGGAGGAAGACGUCGCCAUAUUCCAGUAUGUCCGGGAGAACGAAGCGCCCACGAGGCUGGUGACGGGCACCCUGCUGUGGAAGGAGCUGGAGCAGAAGGGGCUGCUGUGCAGGACGUGGCAGGCCAUGAAAACCCGCUACACCAGGUACAUCCUGCAGAACGCCCACUGCUACAACCUGCCCGCAACCAGCCAAACUGCCCCCGCCAGGACCGACGGAAGAUCUGCCGACCAGCAGGGGGGCCCGUCCUGUGCAGGCCCCGCCGACCAGCAGGGGGGCCCGUCCUGUGCAGGCCCCGCCGACCAGCAGGGGGGCCCGUCCUGUGCAGGCCCCGCCGACCAGCAGGGGGGCCCGUCCUGUGCAGGCCCCGCCGACCAGCAGGGGGGCCCGUCCUGUGCAGGCCCCGCCGACCAGCAGGGGGGCUCGUCCUGUGCAGGCCCCGCCGACCAGCAGGGGGGCCCGUCCUGUGCAGGCCCCGCCGACCAGCACCCUGUCCUGCUGCCAGCUGACACCACUGAUACUGGAGGACACCGCCUGAGGAGUGCGAGCCGCAGAAUCGAAACGGGAGAAACCCCAAAAACAGUGCAAGAAAGCGGAGACUCCUCAUGGGAAGGAGGAUAUGACGGCUCUGUGUCUACCAGUCGGCCGCUCCCCAAUACACAGGAAAACCAGGACAUCGACAGCUCAGAAGACGUGCACGUUUUUGAAAUCGCCAACAUGGAGUUUGAGGUGGAAGAUGAGGAUUCUGGAUGUAAUGUGAUGGUUCCGCUCAUCAGCCUGGAUAAGCCUGUUGUUAGUGAGGUGACUGCUGCUCCGCAGCUGCAUGACGCAACCUCCAGCCCCCACACGUCUGAUGAUGAGGGUCUCCAGGACGCCAUAGCUGACAUGAUGAAGGAGUUUAAGCUGGACGUCUGCCAGGUCACUCAGGCGCUUCUCAAGAAUAACGGGGAGGUGGGCAGCACCCGGGUCUUCCUGCGCACUGGCCUGCGGCCUGACGGCUUUCCCAUCUGGGAGUAUAAAGACGAUGUAGAAUUACAGAGGAAUGACCCCGCGGUGUGGCCCCGGCUGGCCCGGAAAUAUGGCUCUGACAACGUUGCUAAAAGAGUGGCCUUCUUGGCCAGUUAUAAGUCGUCCUUUGUCCCUCAGCAGCGUCCAUGAUGCCUCAGGACCACUUUCCCUGCAACAAAUCCGCCGCUGUAAAUAUAACAGGGCUUGUAUCUGCAUCUGGGAAAGCUGAGUGACACUUAGAAGAGCGGAUUUCGUCGUCCUCUACGAGACCUCCGGGGUUUUCUAUGUACUGGGUGUCAGCCCUGGACAGAAUGUGGAAGGAAGGAAACCUUCCAUUGCCUCGUCCUGGGAAAGGGGGACAUCUGCAGCUUCUGUGUGCACAGCGUCCAAUGUUCCAUUCUGAUGGGGGUUUCAUUGUAUAAAGGUAUAAGAUAUUGUAUUAAACUGAAUUUCUGAA